AUGGCCGGCCUAGCAGCUGGUUUCAGCUCUUCGCCUCCUGGCCGGGGCUUCGACGACGACGACGACGACGAGCUGGCCCGCGACACGAUUCCCUGCUCACCCUACGCCACGCAAGCAACCCAAGUGAUCAAUCGAACAUCUCUGCUUCCAAAACACACCGAGGUACCCUCAUCGCCUCUUGCAUCGAGCGUCGUCGAGGUCCCCGCGUCUUCUCCCUUCCAGCCGAAGCCUGCCAAGGCGCCAUUUGCGACUCGCCUCGCCCCCGCGGGCACACUUUUUCGGCCUCCCCCCCAACUGCCGCGGGGUGUUAAACGUCCAGCUGCCGAACCAAUCAUGAUAUCGUCCGAUGACGAGAAGAGCCCUUCGAGGGGCGACAUCCAGCCGACAGCCUUCAAGAAGCGCAUGACCGCCUUUCACUACGAACCGACGGAAAGGAUCGACAAGCUGGAGAAGAUGACGGCCUUGACGGAGCAGGUUUCUACCGCAACUGGUCAGAGCUUCCCGUCUCGCGCUUGUCGCGAGGCUCUCAUGGCUUGCCAUAAUAAUGUUUCUGAUGCAGUGAAUUACCUCUACGAAGGCAAGCACCUGCAGAAGGAAAAGAAGCACGGAGCCACCCCGGCGCCGCUGUCUGCCGCCUCGACGAACCCGCUCAAGUCGAAGCCGUCGCUCGCUGCUAAGGGCAACGGUGCCGACUUCUACCAGACGCCGAACCUCAGCCCUCGAACACCGAGCCCGGCGAAGCAGACGAAGCCUCGACGACGUCUCGUGCAGGGCCGUCGCCCGAACCGAUCGCCCUCGCCGCCGACGUCGCAACCGGUGCAGGAGGCGCGGGAGGUCAUCAAUGUGGACGAUGAGGUGGAUGAGAUUGCCGAGGACAGGAUUGUCAUUGCAGAUGACAAGGACGACGACUAUGACAACGAGGACGACCUAAUGGAGGCUACCGUCAAGGAGAGCCUCUAUGACAAGGCUCUCAACACAAUCAACAAUAGUUCGAUUGACGAUCUCUCGGCCAUGACCAACCUCAAGCAGGACGAACUACAAAUCAUCGCCACGAAACGCCCUUUCCACGACAUUGACCAGGUCGAGCGGGUCACGGCGGCCAAAAAGUCUAAUGGGCGCAAGUCAAACAAGGCGGCCAUUGGCGAACUCCUCGUUGAGGCCAUCAUGGAGUUCACCAAGGCAGUCAAUGCCAUCGACACCGUCGUCGCCGAGUGUGAGAAGAAGGCUGUCCGGGUGAAGAGUGAGAUGAGUAUGUGGGAUAUCGACUUUAAAGGCCACGCACGAAAUGGAACAACUUCUCAGACAGACAGCGACGACCUUCCCAUGACACCCAACAGCUCCAAGGGACAGAAGUACUCGCCGCCACCGAUUCCUCGCCAGCCGGCCUUGUUGGAAGGACACUGCACUAUGCGCCCUUUCCAGCUGUACGGCCUCAAUUGGAUGUCCGUUUUGUACAACAGCGGCUACGGAUGCAUCCUGGCUGAUGAGAUGGGCCUCGGCAAGACGUGCCAGGUCAUUUCUCUCAUGGCCCACCUUGUGGAGAGUUAUGACGAGGAGAAGGACGAGAAGCGGCCGUGGCCGAAUCUGAUUGUUGUCCCGCCGUCCACGCUGUCCAACUGGGAGGUUGAGUUUGAAAAGUUUGCCCCCGACCUAUCCGUCUUGACGUACAAGGGCUCGCAGUCUGAUCGCGCCAUGAUCGCCGAAGACAUGUUGAGCGCACCGGAGGAGUAUCACGUCGUUCUCACAAGCUACACACAGGUCGGCAAGGAGGAAGACAUCGACGCCCUCAUGGAGCUACGUCCCAAUGCCGCCGUCUUUGACGAGGGUCACAAGAUGAAGAACCCCAAGACGAAGAUCUACAAAGACCUCAUCCGCAUCAAGGCGGACUGGCGCAUGCUCCUCACAGGCACGCCUGUGCAGAACAACCUCAUGGAGUUGCUGUCGCUUCUCAACUUUAUCGACCCAAAGAUGUUCAAGGGACACAUGGAACACCUGCAAUACAUGUUCAGCCAGAGUCGGAGCUGCAGCAGCCCGAACAUGGAGCACCUCAUCGGGGAGCUGAAGAACUGUUCGGACUUUGAGCUGCACCUGUGGUGCCGCGACUACAAGUGCCUCGAGGGCUUUGACCUGCCAGAGGGCUCGUGGAUGGAGAGCGGCAAGGUGACGAAGAUGCUGGAGCUCAUCCACCAGUACCAGGCGAACGGGGACCGCGUGCUCGUGUUCAGCAAGUUCGCCAAGGUGAUUGAGAUUCUGCGCGAGGUGCUGCACACGGACGGGAUCAGGCACUGCGUGCUCUACGGCGCGACGUCGGUCGAGGAGCGGCAGGGCCUCAUCAACGAGUUCAACGAGAACACGGACAUUCCCGUGUUCCUGCUGACGACGGGGGCGGGCGGCACGGGCAUCAACCUGACGUCGGCCAACAAGGUCAUCAUCUUUGACCAGUCGGACAAUCCGCAGGACGACAUUCAGGCGGAGAACCGCGCGCACCGGCUGGGCCAGACGCGGGAUGUCGAGGUGAUCCGGCUGCUCGCAAGGCGGACGAUCGAGGAGCUCAUCUUCAAGGCGUGCGAGAAGAAGAUUGAGCUGGCGAACAAGGUGACGGGGGCGGUGGAGGACCUGGGGAAGAACGCCGAGAUCAACCUGGAGAAGGAGGUGCGCAGGAUGCUGGCGGACCAGCUGACGCCGCCAUGA